AUAAAUGUAUGUAGUGUAUUCAGUGUAUUGAGCUUUCCAAAGAUUACAUGAUUUUAUAGUAGGAAAUAAGACAUAAAAGAUUUGGGCGACGUGGUCGCCAUGUUCGUAUUGAUACGCAAAUCACUAAUCCGGAUCCGCGGGAUCCUUUGUUGAUUGUGUGUAUCUCUGAAAAGACGUCAUUGAUGUAGUUUGUCGUACGGAGUUGCCAUGUAGCUUGCCAUGAUGUCCAGAGACACCAUGCAUAGAUUAUUUGGAUAGGCUUCAACUACCAUGUCCAGGGUCGCUGUGGACGCUCCUUUGGCUAAGGUACUUGAUCGCGUCCAUGGUUGCUGUGGACAUGCUCUCUGGAUAAGCCUACCCCGACAUCCACGGUCACUGUGUAGUUCCUGAUCUUCUAUUAACUUGCGUCCACAGUCGUCAUGUACAGUAUUUUAUCUUCUAACCCGCGCGUGGUCACCAUGUACGAGCUCUUCUCAUACCUUGUCAUCAUCCGUGCAUAGUUACCAUGCACAUCAACCUCUAACUGUUUUCAUCCAUGUUAACCCGGUCAACAUUUAUCCAUGGUUGGGAUAAUUAUACCAUCACAAGCCCCCCACUCCUUAAGCCAAAUAGCAUAUUGGCUAUAAGGAGUGUAGACACAGUUACCGUGUCAACCUUGAGCGUACAUGGUCACCAUGUCAACCUUUGUUAUUUGCUUUUAACCCAUUCAAUCAUUUAGUUUUUUAUUUUUUAUUUUUAACCAAAAAUGUGUAUCUUAUCUUCCCCAUUUUACUUUCUUCCUGGCAGCUUGGUUGGGUGAGGGUCAGCCACCGUCAUUGUUGUACCGCCCAGGUCGCAGCUCGCCGGCAACCAGGCCAGCGCCGUCUGCCGCUCGCCGGCGUCUAUCCACGCCACCAGCAAGCCCACUCAGAGUUCCCGCCUGCCACCGCCCUUUUCAGCCUCCGACGGCUGCCGCGAGUAAACCGAACACCUCAACUUCACCAGCGUGGACCCUGUAGCGCCGGACGCCAGAUUUUGCAGCUUAACCAGCACUGUCGUCGGUUAUACCCGCCCCAGGUUGCGGUCCGUUUUUCUGCUGCGCCCUAUCCCGGUAGCCGCCAUCAGUCCUUCGUCGUCAGACACCAGCGAACUCCAGUGACAUCAAGGAAUUUCUCUCCGUCGUCGUCUACUUCCUGCGGCGUCGUUGUUCUGCACCGGGCUCCUCUGUCGUUGUCCUGGAUUUUCCGCCGCUGCUGCUAAGGUACGCACAGAGGUACGCUCCCUGCAUUCUCCCUCUUUCCUUUUAUUUGUUAUUUUGACUUUUCCUUUUUAAAGCUUCUCCGUAUUAAUUUUGGCUAUGAAACAUACUUUGUAGUUCGUAGCUCCUUUGUUGCCCAUGUAGUGACAUCCUUUUCAUUUUUAUUUGAAUAGCUGCCACCAUUUAUGGAUAUAUUAGAUUCAAUAAACUCUGAUGAAUUGCUCAGUGAUGACGGAGAAUUAGUGUUGGGGAAUUUUCCUCAUCCCUGGGCAGAUGUUAAUUCUGAUGUUGAAGAAAUUAGUCCCAUAAAGCCACGAGCCGCUUCAGUCAAACCACCAAAGCGUCGCUACCGUGGUCCGUAUCCACCCUUAGACCCGAGCCCCAUCUUACACUACAGGUCGCGCCUCUCAGUUUCCAAGUUUGAAAAGUAUAAGAAAUUUUUUCCGUCCACAGUGACUGUCCGAUGUCCCGAUUCGGAGGAUAUUGUAACCGAUCCUCCUAAAGGUCACUUUUUUGGGGUGCAUAUUCUCUCCAUAAAAUUAGGAUUCCGCUUUCCCACGCACCCUUUGAUUAUUGAGUUUUUAAAUGACCUUGAAAUUUCACCUUGUCACCUGACUCCGCUCGGUCAUCAGUAUCUGGUAGCUUUCUUAAUUAGUCCGGUGUGAAACACUUGGGAUUGAAUCGUCCCUAGACCUCUUCAAGCAUAUGUUCCGAGCUGGGCAGUGCUCGGCAUCUGAUAGUCUGUCCUGGGUGUCUAUCUCUCAGCGCAACCACUUUGACAUGUGGAAGGUCACUCGUAGCAACGAAGCCAAUUGGAAAGAAGAAUUUGUCUAUGUGUCGUCUGGAUCUCCGUUACCUUUUUCAUCGUCUUUGAAUUGUCGAUUUAAGAAGUAUUCGUACCCGAAACUUCCAGUUGACCAGGAGACAUGGCCGGCUAUGAUUCUUUCUGGAGGACCGUAUAGCCUCUCUGCCUUUACUUCCGAAGACCGCCUAACCACGGUUGGACUCUAUUCGCCGUCACCAUGUUCGGGUGCACACGCAUCCACGUCCACGGAUCAAGAUAUGACAUCGCGGUUGGAGAUGUUCCAAAGCUUCGACCAGGAUGGGCCUCGCGGUAGUGACCAGGGGCGCUCUGACAAGAAACCAAGGGUUCCCUCCGUCACAAAAGGCAAGGAUGCCAUUGUAACUGUGCCUUCAUCCAUUGCAAAACGCAGGGCCGCUAGCCCCGCAGCCCGCGUCACCCGUAGCAUGAGUGAUAUUCCCACGGCGGGGAUGACUACUUGGUUACGAGGUAACCUUGAGUUACCUCCGCUCUUAUCACAGGUGAUCACGGCGACUGAGAAGGAGAAAAUUUCAACACUUGACCAUGCUGCUUUAGAGAAGAGGAGCCACCAUGGCCUGGCCGAGGUAACCCUCCCAUUUCCCCGUUACCUUUUAUUUAUGCAUCCCGUGAUACUAAUUUUUUUUUUUUUUGUAGCUACUGUUGUCCAUCUCCGAGGUGAGCCGAAGGAAAGAUGAGCGCGAGAAAGAUUUGUCGCUACAACUCACCGAAUUAGCGAAGGAGGUGGCAUCGCUCAAGCUCGUGCGUGACUCACAUGCAGCCGAGGUCACUGCGCUUAAAGAAAUGCACGCCGUGGAGUUGGCCAAUGCAAGGGGGCGGGCCGUGGAUGCAUACAAGAAUUCUCCAGAGUUCGUGUCUGAUCAGGAAGCAUACAUUAAUGCCCACUUGAACGAUAUUAACAAGCAUUGGUUGUCUACUCCGGAAGGUCGUGAGAAACUGGCCUCAGAGAGCUACAUCUCCUACCAGAUCGGGAUAUAUGCCACUCAACAGAAAAUAUAUCCUAUCUUGAGGGAUAAGGCUGGUACCUCUUGCAUCACUGAUUGGGGACUUCCUCCUGAGGUUCCCAACCCUGAGAUCCCGGUAGCCAACACGCCCCUGGACUACAUUCCUUUUGACAGACUCCCCACUGAUGAGGAGCUUGGCGAUCUUCCUUCCGAGACAGGUCACCCAGCUUCGACUGCUUCUGUGCCUUAGAGCAUGCAUGGGAGUGACGGAUGGACGUAGUGUAGACUUUAAUUCUGUCAUGUCUUCAAUUACGAGUACCCGAAUUGCUAAACAUGUUUUGAAUUUCAUAAAAUAAUAAUA